UUUUUUUUUUCAAUCUUUUAUUAUUUGUUUAUUUAUUUAAUUCAUAUAAAUACAUAUACACGAUUACGUAUAUACUAUAGCAAUCAGAAACAGGGCUCUCCCCCUUCUCCCUUUUAUUUUGUAAAGAAGAAAGAAAUUCAAUUAAAUAAUGGAAUCGAAAUCAAUGUCAAAAGAUCUUAAUGAACAACAACAACAACAACCAAUUGAACAGUUCCCAAAUAGAUCCAUGUCAAAACCUCGACCUGUUUCAUCUCAUCUCAUCUCACCUGUAAAAACAAAUAGAAAACAACCUAUUCUAAUAGAUGAUGACGAAUUAAAUAAAAAUAUUAGUUCAGAAUAUCAAGAUAUACAAAUACGUACCUUAACAAAGUGGAUAAAUGUUCAGCUAAGUCGAGUCGGUGAACAUAUUACUUUUAUUGAUAAAGAUCUUAAAGAUGGCAAAAAGCUUUUGAAACUCUUGUCUGUAGUAGCCAAUAAUCCUAACUUGAAACCAGAGAAAGGAAGUAUGCGAAUUCAUGAAUUAUCAAAUGUGGCACAGGCAUUGAAAUUCUUACAAGAUAAAUGGGGCGCUGAUAAUCUACCUGCUGUUGCUAGUGAAGCAAUUGUGAAUGGUGAUGUGAAAAGUACUUUGGCUAUCACAUUUUUCAUUAUGCUGAAAUAUCAGAUCUAUCCAAUUUUAUCACAUAAAUUAUCAAUGAUGAUUCCCGCCCCUCUACCUAGUAUUAGCACAGGUAGCACAAAACCGUUACAAGAGGCUAAAUUGGUAUUAUUAUACUGGGCUCGCUCUCAAUUAGAGGAUUAUGUCGCAAAUCAUGUUUUAACAGCUGUGCAGGACUUUUCAAGAUCUUGGCGUUCUGGUUUAGCUUUCUGCUUACUUGUUCAUAAACAUGAUCCGGAUCUCAUUCCAGCUCUGUUUACAGAAUAUCUACAUUAUGCAUCUCAUAAGGAGACGUGGCAUCGACUUUUAACAUUAGCCUUUGAUAUAGCAGAAGAAGAGUUAGAUGUUCCAAAAUAUUUAGAGCCUGCAGAUCUACUCGUAGAGUAUCCUCAUGAACCUUCUGUUAUGAUGUACGUUAGUGAAAUGUAUAAAGUAAUGUCUAAUACACUCCAGCAACAAGAGACAAAUGAGAAAAAAGAAAAGAGGCUUCAUGAUAUUGCAUUAGUAGUUUCUAAUCGCAAUCCAAUCAUUCUAAACAAUGUAGUAGAAACCGAGGAGAAUGACAAAUCCCCUCUAACAGAUCAAUUCGAUAAUCCUAAUACUACUGUUGAAUCUCUUUCUCUUGAUGAUCAGAGUAAUCAAUUAUCAAAAGUACCACAACCUGAAACAUUAUCGGAUGAUGUCUAUCAACAGUUAGAUAUUCUAUCAUCUUCAUUGGAUAAUGCACAUCAGGAUGAUGAUGAUGAUGAGACGUUGGAUGUGGUCAUGCUACAGACUUUAUUAGAGCGUACAUAUCAUAACAUUAAUCAACUUGAUUCAUCUUCUGAAGAAAAAGAAAUCCUCUCUAAUCGCUAUAAUCAGUUAAGAGAAAAAUGGGAACAACUUACUAAGCGUUGUCUGAACAUGGCAGAACAUCAUUCUAUGAGCGAAUGCUCUUCUUUGAAAUCUCAAAUAAAAGAGAUAAUACCUAUAAAUAAUAAUAAGAAACCUUUACAUCCGCUGGACGGAACUAUUGAAAUUGCAGAAGAAUUCGAGGCGUCUUUGUCACGAAUAACACAAUUAGUUGAAAUGAGUGAUGAAAAAGAGGGAUUGAAGACUGAACUGGAAACUAUUCAAUUAUCGUGUCAAUUAUUUCGGCGAGGCGUCACUUUUUCGCAAAUUACAACAGCUAUUAAUGAUGAACUCAAUUUCAUUCAACAAAUGAUGACAACAACUGGAAUUAGCAAUAACACGGUAACGGAUGAGCUAAUUCAAAAUUUAGAAAACCGUAUACAUGUUGUGUGUACCACAAUUCAAGGCGUACGUGACGAAUAUGAGCAUGAUCUCUUAUGUUAUGAUUCAUCAUCAGAUGUGUACUAUAGUCGCUUUAUUGAUUGCAUCGAUAAUCUACAAGAACGUUAUGAAACUAUUCGCGAUUGGGUAGAUCAAGUACGCGUGUGGUUUUUAGAGGCAGAAAGGAUUCGUACAUGGAUUGAUCAACAUAUACAAAUAGUCGAGCAACGGAAUGAGACAGACGACAAUAUUGAUCCUGUAUCUCGGGAAAUUACAAUAUCAGAUGAUGGAGCUAUUCGACUCCAUGAAGAGCAUGAACAUCUUAAGCAAGAGAUUGAACGCUUUGAUUCAGAUGAUAUGGAUCGAUUACGCGCUCAUGUAAAGAUACUAACUCAUAGCUCUGAUUCAGAUAAAGAAUUAACACCAGCUGAUACAUCCACUAUUGAAAUCACACUUACAACGUUAAAUAAGCUGGGUCAUUUGACAAAGUUGAUAGAUGAGCGUUCACAUCGAAUAGAGCUAUUAUUGUUACGAAUCAAAUGGGAAAAUCUGUUUAGUGAUGCUGUUCAAUGGAUUGCAAGUACAGACAAGACGUUAGAUGCAUUUUUAAGAGGGAAGGCGAGAUGGUCUGAAAAAGAAGAAUUAAACUAUACUUCAAAUGCAACUGUUGAUUAUUUGAGUGAUGAAGAAAAUACAGAUCAAAUUAAUGACAGAGGUAUUGAAGGUGUAAUCAAAACGCUUGUUAGCUUAGAACGAAAGAUUGUUGACUUUGACCAGGGUCCCUACUCGGACGUGUUGGAUGCUUAUCAGGGAAUGGAAACAUUAAGAAACGAGAGUAUGCCUGACUAUUUAGAGACUCGUCAACUUGGGUUUGAAAGCGCAUUCGAGGAUUUGAUGAAGCGUGUAGCGUUUAGUCGAAAAGUGGUUGAACAAUUAUUAUCAAUGAUAAGUACGGUAGAGAGGUUUAAAGAAUUACGGGAUCGGGGAGAGCAGUUACGACAAAGCCUUUUGCAAGAUGUCUCAUCUGAUGAUAAUGAUAAUAAUAAUAAUGAUGAUGAUGAUAUUGGAUAUGCUGAAAAAAUUCAAGCGUUCAAGGAGGAGUCAGCUCGUUUAAUUACAAACGCCAAUACUUAUAUUUCUUAUCCGACUCCACCUGAAAUGUCAACCGCUAUGGGGGCUAAUGAUGCUCGAGAUAGUGAAAUUACAAAUGAGAGUAUUAAGAGCGUAAUCAGUACCUAUAGUAUGUCAUUAGCUUUAAUAGCUGAUGGAUUAGAUCAACUUUUGAUGUCUCGCUAUCAGGUAUUAUCAUUACAACAACGAGCUGAAGAAGCAUAUGAAGCGAUGACUCGUGUUAGAAACUGGAUGGACGAAAGAAUCAGGAUCUUGAAUAAAUCUCGUUUAGAUAUCAUACUAUAUGAUCCGUCCAUGUCUAUAUCCUUUGCCCCAUCUUUACCUGUGGAAGCGACCACAAAGCAUCUAACGCAGAGAAUGAAUAACGGUUUCUCUAAUAAUAGUAGCAAUCAAACGAUGCCAAUGGCAGUAUUGGACGAUGAAAAGUUGUUGUAUUUCGAAAAAGAGCGAGAUAUGAUUGCUUCCAAGUUAGAUCAGAUAGAAAAUGAUGAAUUGGUUAAACUUCUUGAACGUGUUCGUGAAUUAGAAUAUGAUGUUGAUGCAUCAAAUGCUGUGUCGAUCGAUAGAAGUGCUCUAAUUAAUCAUAUUGAAAAGUUAGAGGAACGCCAUAAAGAGCUGAAGGAGUUGCUUGCCUUAAGAGGAAGCCAAUUAGAUGCCCUAAAACAUCGACUUCAAUGGGAAAAUCAAUGGUCAAAGUCCAACAGUUAUCUUCACACAAUUGCUCGUAAGAUGUGUGACUUUAAUAUAAAAAAGACACGAUAUGAUCCCUCCAAGGAAAAUAUUGACAAACCGUCAUAUCAGGGCGAUCAUGAAACUGUGCAGGCAUUAAAUUUCCUUAAAGAUAAAGUAACAGAGUUAGGAGAACGGUAUUUAAUGCCCCUUGCUGAAUCUUAUUCUGAACUUGUUAAUAGCUUUACAAAGCUAACCAAUGAUAAGCAAGAUGUAAAUAGCGUGCCUUCUUUGCUAACAGUUCUCCCUGAUUUUAUUUUAAACAAACAAACUGAUCUCAAAUUUAAAUAUGAGGAUUUGAAACUCUUGACAGCAUACACUUCAGAGCUUGUAACUCAACGUGCAGUUAUUACUGAAUUUCUUUUACGUGCUCAAGAUGCUCAUCAAGAGGGUGAAAAAAUCAAGGAGGCUAUCUUUAAGCGAAUACGUCGCAUUUUGACCAGUGAUGAAAUGGAUAGCUUUGAUCCUCUUGAAGCUCGUAUAAAAAAAUUGAAAGAAGAAAUGAAGAGUAUAUGGAAAGAUUGUGGAGAAAAGAUGCCAUACCCAGUUUACAAUGGUAAUUGGUUGAAAACCUUACCACAGUCAGUAAAAAAUCAACAACAGACAACAAUCUCCUCCGAAUCAGAAGAUGGUGCAAACUCAUCUGUAUAUCGGUCUCAAGUCAGAGCGCAAAUUAAAACACUAUUAGAUCAGAAAAUGGAGGAACUUUCAAGUCUUUCGACCUCCAUUGAUCAAUGUAUGCAAUCUUAUCAUGAAGCCGAAAAUUCAAAGGCACUUAUCAAACAAUAUGAACAGGAUGCAUAUGAGUUAAAACAAUGGAUUGAUAAGCAAAUCGAAUCCUUAAAGCACCAGUAUAUUGAUGUAUCCGAUGAAACCUUUUUAGGCCCUGGAUUGACUAUAUCUGAUCUGAAAAAGGCACGUCUUGAGAUGUCUAUGGAAGUAGAUUCAUUUGAAAGUAAUAAAGUGAAAGUGCUACACGAUCAUAUUGCUCAAUUUAUGGAGGAUUCUGUAGAAAGGCAAAAAAGGAGUCAAACUGUCGAUAUAUCCUCUGUAGCUCAUUAUUUAGGGGACAUAAUGGAGCGUUUAUCAGAUCUCAAACAUGGAUUAUCAUAUCAAGCCAUGAUACUUGAUGCGGCUACUAUGCGUGAUGAAUGGGAAAAUCAUUAUCAAACAGGCUUAACAAAAUUGGAGGAAAUGAAUGAACAGUUGCGUCAAUUUAAUAUCAAAAAGAAUCAAUGGAUUUCUCAAGAAGAGCAUCUCUCUGAACUACAAGUAAAGAUGUUAGAACAAGAUCUAACAGAACUUAUGGAUCAGAAAAAUAAAUUUCAAGAAUUUGUUUUACCAGGUAUUCAAAUGAGUUAUGAUUCCUUCACGGAAUACUUUCCAAAGCUUCCUAAGCCAAUUGCUGUUCCCGAUUUUUUCGAAGCUCGUAUGGAAUCACUAAACAGAACUUCGGCUCGUUUACAGGAACAUGUUGAAAAUCGUACCAGGGAAUUAGAAUUAAUUAAACAACGUGUUCAAUGUGAAGACGUUAUAAGACAAGCAAUCCUAUAUCUCUCCAAGCAUGAAAUGCUGAUUGAGACCUUUAUUGAAGAAAAAGCUAGAUGGAAUAAUGAUAACUCUUUAGGGGCUCAUGAUAAUAAUGAUAAUAAUGAUAAUGAAGAGGAGUUUAUUCUUCGUACAGAACUGUCCAACUUGUACGUAAAGUUUAAAGAUUAUGAACAAGAUGUAAUUAUGCCUCUUCAAGAGCGUUUUAAUACACUUGUUCAGGAGGUAAAUCAUCAUGAUAAUAACAGCAUGACUCUUUUGACAAAUACAUUCAUGAAGAAAAUGGAAGAAUUGCAAAAGGCUCAAGAUUAUGUCAACUAUUCUUUGGAUUUUUCCAACCAAGUAAUAAGUCAACGUUGCUUGAUAUCAGCUUUUAUACUUAGGACAGCACAAUUAGAACAGUCAGCAGAAUUAAUUCGUGAAGAGUUUAUGGCAAAUACAAAUAAUAAUAUUCCUCUUGAAGAUCUUCUUGAUAAACAUAACGAAAGACUUGAAAAGUUUAAAGCUGGUAUUGAUGAUGUACGCAAACAUCUAGCGACUACCAUUCCUUUUCCAGUUCGUAAUUUAGACAAUAUCUCCACCCAAACUAAGAUGAAGGAUGAAACUACUAAUUCAGUCAUUCAAGAAGUAAUUGACAUUCGUAAUUCACGUUUAGAAGACUUGUGGUCCGAUUUACAAUUAUUGCUUGAAUCUAAAGAACGUGUCUCUCGUCGAAGAUUUUCUUUACAUUCCUUCAAGAAGCAAGCUAAACUAGCUGAGACAUGGAUCAAUUCACGUCUUGAACUUCUUGAUCAAACCAACUUUUAUACUGAAUCAUCUCUUGGGAAAACAGUUGAUAUUGAAAGAUUAAAGGAGGCUGUGGGUCUGGCUGAUAGUGUGGAGCAGGCUAUGAAUGCCUCUGAAAAUGUUUUGGCAUUGUUAAAUAUUGCAUAUGAAAAAUCUCUUGCUGCAUUUGAAGACCAUUCUAUAUAUGACAAGGAAGAUGAUGAGCUUUUGGGACAAGAUAUAAAUGAUAUCGUGAAGCCAACACAAGCAAGAAUUACACAAGCCUGGACGGAUUUAUUAUCAAAGGCAACAUUUAAUAAAAAGGCAAGAACAGCUCUAUUGAUAGAGACCAAAAUACAAUCAUGGUUAAAAUCUUUGGAUCAUCUCUCAGCUCAAGUUGAAGCCAAGUUAUUACCAACAGUUGAACAGUUAACCUUAUGGACAAAUGAAAUUCAACAAUUGGAAACAACAAGUUAUGAAAGUUUAAAAACAGACUUGGAAGCUAAUGAGAAAAUAAUGGAUAAACAUGAAAUAGCAUCUUUAAAAGAAUCUUUACUUAAUGGGAUGGAAACAGCAAAAGCGAUUCGAGCUAAACUUGUAGAACUUCAAAGUACCGUGUAUCUUGAUCAACUGAUUAAGAAAUAUGUGGAAGAUACAUUUAAACUGCAAGAGCUAAUCUCUAUUCAGACCAAUGAAAUGAAUAAUAUUAAAGAAGAGUAUCAAGUUAUAGCUUACGAGCAUACAUCAGAAUAUCGUCGAGAUAGAUACCAUAGUCUUGUAUCAAAAUAUAAGGGCGUUAUGGAUUGUAUUAUCAGUUUGAAGGACUCGUUUAGUGAUAUAUCUAGUCAAUAUUCUGCAAUUGAAGCUAUAAAUCCAAAUUAUGAUAACACAAAAUAUACAGAAGUGACAGAGGCAUUGAAGAAACUCGAAAAACUAGGAAAUGAUGUAUCCACUUUGAUAGCUCGUUCUUUCAAAUGGAACAAGUAUUUCGAUACAUUACAAAGUGUUCAGAAAGAUUUGGAAAAUGCACAAAAUAGCAUGAUGAAUACUAGUUAUGUUGUAGACUAUAAUAAGAUGAACGAAACUUUUGAUACAAUUGAAUCUUUGCUUAUCAAUGAAUUGUCUGAUUUAUCUGAUGAUUUAUCUGAAGAUACAAUGAACUCAAACAUUUUCAAUUCUCAAAAGGCAACUUUAAAUAACCUUUUAAACAGUUUGAGAUUAAAGUUAAAGGGUCAAAUAGUAGAAGCAGAAAGGGUUUCAUUAAUUCAAAUAAUAAAUGAAACUGUAGAUCGCCUAUGCAAAGAAUGUAAUGAACAGUUGACUAAGAUUUCCAAACACAACAGCGCAAUUGUAUUUGAUGAUAUAAAAGAUACUCUACAUAGUACUAUUGAUAAGUGCGAAAGUAUCAUUAAAUCUAGUGAAACAGUUUAUUCAGCAUGCCAAAAUGAAUUGGAAACGCUUCAGGUUAAUCAAUAUGCAAAAUUAGUUUCUAUGCUUGAUAGUUCAGACGAUCAAUCCAAUCAAAUACUGAUACCGAUUGUAUCAUCAUUAGAAAAGUUAAAUGAUGUUAUACAAUCUGAGAAAAACUAUUCAUCUAUUGCAACAUUAUUGUCCCAAUUUAUAGACAACCAGAUGGUGAUGCUCGCUACUAUAGAUGAAGGUAUUAAUAAGCUUGGAAAUCAUGAAAACUUGAAUAAAGUGAUAGUAGAACUUGAACGACAACUUGAAACGCUAGAUGAAUCCAUAUUAGAGAAUUCCAAACUUAGUCAAUCUAUUAAAAGCUUCACUUGUAAAACUCUGUGUCAAACUGAUUCAUGCGUGGAAACUAUUACAGACAUAGUAAAUAAUAGAGAUGCUCAUCUAAACAAAAAAUAUUCGGACUUUAAACAGCAAUUGCUUCAAGCACAAGAAGCCGUCGGCAAUAAUAACAAAUAUCAACAAAUCAUGAUUAAACUUAAUGAUAAUCUUCAAUUUAUUUUUAACAUGACAGAGAGUGUUAAAACAUUCCAGUCAAGUGGAACAGGUAUUGAGUCGGCAGAACGAGAAUUAGAAGACUUUUGUAGCGAUUUUUAUUCGGCUUUAGAUAAGAAGACAAAGGCUGUUGAUUCAUUAAUUGCUGAUUAUGCAAAGGGUGAUGAAAAUAACAAUGAUAUUAGUAAACUUCGACAACAAAUAUCAACUGCUUUAAAUCAAUUUGAUACCCUUGUUAAUACCAGAAAGAAGGAAGUGUUAGCUGAAGGAGACCUCUCAGGAUUCCUGCGAAUUAUGGAGGAAAUUGAUAAACAAAUUGCUUCACUUAUGGCAGCUACUGAGCAAGCAUCUCCUCAUCACUCGACCAUUAUCAACAAUAAAUUUGUUAAAUCUGAAUUACAAGCCUUACUCAAGACAUUAGUUACGUCUUUUAAGCAACAUCAACAAGCUGUUAACGAUAUUUUAGAAAGAGCUCGUGGUGAGUCCAAGAAAAGACUCUUGGACAAUCAUGAGCGCGUUCUAGACAGUUUGCAAAAAGCAACAAAACGUUGGGCCCAAGCACAAUCAGCUGCGGCUGCUCGAGAAAGAGAACUUCAAGCUUGUAUUCAUCAGUUAGAUCAUGAAUUCUUUACCAAGCUUGCUAUGGCCAAGUCCUUAUCCCCAACUCCUCACAAGGCUUUACCUUUGAUAAAUGCUAAGCGUUAUGCUAUGCUAAAUGAUAAAAGCUUUGGUAGAGUAUCUCCUUUCCCUGUAAAUAAUAGACGUGAAGAUGCUACAAACGGGAAAAAAGUAAUAAAUAAUAUACCAGUUUCAACACAUUCUUCAGGAAAUAAACCUAGUAACAACUAUGUGCCUGAUCCUAAUAAUGAACUUGAUAUGCAGCUUGGUUAUAUUGUAAAUAGCUCUCCUUAUCGAGUUACAGUCAAGGUUGUGCCUGGCCAAGUUGGAAAAUAUUGGUUUGGAGAUUUUAAUCCACGAUUGGUUUAUUGUCGUAUUUUACCUAGUCGAAUGGUCAUGGUUCGUGUUGGUGGUGGUUGGGUUGAACUUUCAAAGUUCUUAAGAGAUCAUAAGCUUACAGAAGGAGUUUAUUCAAGACCAGAAUCUGCCAAUGAUAAUAGCACAAGUUAUCAACUAGAAAAUGGACCCUUCCAAGAAGCCUAUUUACAAUACGUAAGACCCUCAUCCCCAUCUGGACGUAUUACUAUUCGUGGCGGAGGCGGUGUCGAUAAACAUAAUAGUAGUCUAGCAUCAACACGAUCAUCUAGCAAAUCAUCUGGUAGUAGAUCAAGAUCACCUUUACCUGGAUAUAUCAAUGGAGAUAAGUACAUUAGUAUAGACGAAGAAGGCAAUCAAAUUGUCUUGAAAAUGAAAAGAGCUGAUGAUGAUGCAAAAACGCCUAUUAUUAAUAAGAAAAAGUACCAAUAAUAAGGACUUUAGUAAAUUAUACUUGUAUUUUGCUAAUUUCAAUGUUAAUAAUAUCAUCAAAAAUUUACUGUUUUUUUUACAGUAUAUUGUUAUAUCAUUUAUAUUCCCUUUGUUUAAUAUUUUAUAACAAUUAAAAAAUAUACGUUAUAUUUAUAUUCCCUUAUUAUAUUUACAUGUAGAG